UCUCUCUGUAUAAUUUUGGAAUUUAAUUUAAUAGCUCUGAAUUUGUGUCUUCUUUGGAAAUAAAUUUAGCGCGUCUAUGGUUUUUACAAUUAGUCGCGAAAAAUAAUUAAAAAUAUUUUCAGCCAAAUCAAGAACCUUAAACUGACGUAAAUUUGGCUGCAUUCUAUGAUGAAUGAAGAAAGCCAAAUGCUGAGCAGAUUUCCACUUAAUCCUCGUGUGGAUCAUGUGCAGGUCUGUGGCACGCGCUCUUCACUAUCCUCGCGGUGAGCGCGCGCGGUGUGCUAUAAGUAAUUGAAACGAUGAGCGGAAGAUAUCAGGCUAAAAUCUUACCUGACACGUCUUGAACAAAGCGGUAAAUAGUGGAUUUUACGGGGAAAUUUGAUAAUAUGCCUUUUUGUGGGGAUUUUACGAGGAUUGUUUUUCUUGACGCGGGCGAUGGGAGGUGAAUGGAACUUGAUGAGCGGCACGCGCUACGGUCUCCUAAAUCCAGUUUUUUAACAUGAAGUUUUUAUGUUUUACCUGUUUUGAUUACAAAGCCAUGGAGAACCGCAAAAGACUGUUAAUUUUCCUUUUUUACUUGAUGUCAAAGUUUUACCAUAGUGACCAGCAAGUCAUAAGAAUCGGGGGCAUCUUUGAGACGCGGGAAAAUGAACCUGUGAGUAUGGAUGAACUCACCUUUAAAUUUGCUGUAACUAGUAUUAACCGAAACAGAACCUUGAUGCCAAACACCACGUUGACCUACGACAUCCAGAGAGUAAACCUCUUUGACAGUUUCGAGGCCUCCAGAAGAGUAUGUGAUCAGUUGGCCCUGGGGGUGGCGGCAGUCUUCGGCCCCUCUCACAGCUCUUCAGUCAGUGCCGUCCAAUCAAUUUGCAAUGCCCUGGAGGUCCCGCACAUCCAGACUCGCUGGAAACACCCAUCUGUGGACAAUAAAGACAAUUUCUACAUUAACCUCUACCCUGAGUACACCUCCAUAAGCAGAGCUAUUCUGGACAUUGUAAUUUUCUACAAAUGGAAGUGUGUCACUGUGGUCUAUGAGGAUAGCACAGGAUUAAUGCGCAUGCAGGAACUGAUAAAAGCUCCGUCCAAAAACAACCUGAAGAUCCGUAUUCGCCAGCUGCCUUCAGAAGGAAGCGAUAGCCGCCCCCUGCUUAAGGAGAUGAAGAAAGAAAAAGAGUUUUACAUUAUCUUUGACUGCCCCUACCAAGUAGCCGCCGAGCUUCUCAAACAGCUGAUGUCGAUGGGUAUGAUGACGGAGUACUAUCAUUUCUUCUUCACAACUUUGGAUCUGUUUGCUUUGGAUCUCGAGCCGUACCGCUACAGUGGAGUCAACAUGACGGCCUUCCGCCUUCUGAAUCUAGAUGAUCCGUAUGUGGCUUCCGUGAUCCAGAAGUGGUCCAUGGAGCGUCAGCUUUCCCCGCCCAGACCUGAGAGUGGACUGAUGAGUGGCAUUAUGACUACGGAGGCUGCGCUAAUGUAUGACGCCGUGUUCAUGGUUGCUGUGGCAUCUCAGCGGGCCACACAGAUGACGGUGAGCUCACUGCAGUGCCACAGACACAAACCCUGGAGGUACGGCCCGCGCUUCAUGAACUUGUUUAAAGAGGCGCAGUGGGAUGGUUUGACAGGUCGAAUAGUCCUUAACAAGACUGAUGGACUACGGAAAGACUUUAACUUAGACCUCAUUAGUCUCAAGGAGGACGGCACUGCUAAGCGUUUGGCCGAUGGUGUGUCACGACCUACUAAAUUAUGGACAAAGAUUGGAGUAUGGAACUCUAUCUCGGGGCUCAACCUGACUGAGAGAAAAGACAACAACAAUGUCACAGAUUCCCUGGCUAACAGAACCCUUAUAGUCACCACAAUAUUGGAAAACCCUUACGUUAUGUAUAAGAAGUCUGACAAGGUGUUGUACGGGAACGAUCGGUUUGAAGGCUACUGUCUGGACCUGCUUAAGGAGCUCUCCAACAUCCUGGGGUUCACCUACGAGGUGAAGCUGGUAUCUGAUGGGAAAUACGGUGCUCAGAAUGAUAAAGGAGAAUGGAACGGCAUGGUCCGGGAACUCAUUGACCACAUAGCUGACCUGGCUGUGGCUCCAUUGACCAUCACUUAUGUUCGGGAGAAAGUUAUUGACUUCUCCAAACCCUUCAUGACCCUGGGCAUCAGCAUACUCUACCGCAAACCAAAUGGCACCAACCCAGGGGUUUUCUCCUUUCUCAAUCCCCUCACUCCGGACAUCUGGAUGUACGUGCUGCUUGCCUGUCUUGGAGUGAGCUGUGUGCUCUUUGUAAUAGCCAGGUUUACACCAUAUGAAUGGUACAACCCUCACUCCUGCAACCCCUCCUCUGACGUGGUUGAGAACAACUUCACACUGUUGAAUAGUUUAUGGUUUGGAGUCGCGGCUCUCAUGCGUCAAGGAUCUGAGCUGAUGCCCAAAGCCCUGUCCACCAGAAUUGUGGGAGGGAUUUGGUGGUUCUUCACUUUAAUCAUCAUAUCUUCCUACACGGCCAACCUAGCUGCUUUCCUCACAGUGGAAAGAAUGGACUCCCCAAUCGAUUCUGCCGACGAUUUGGCCAAGCAGACUAGAAUUGAAUAUGGAGCCGUGAGAGAUGGAUCCACAAUGACCUUCUUUAAGAAAUCAAAAAUUUCAACAUACGAGAAGAUGUGGGCAUUUAUGAGCAGUAGGAAGAACACUGCACUGGUGAAGAAUAACAAAGAAGGCAUUACAAGAGUGCUGACCACUGACUAUGCCCUCCUCAUGGAGUCAACCAGCAUAGAGUACAUCACCCAGAGAAACUGCAACCUCACUCAGGUCGGAGGCCUAAUAGACUCGAAGGGCUAUGGAGUCGGCACUCCAAUAGGCUCUCCCUACAGAGACAGGGUGACCAUUGCCAUCUUGCAACUACAGGAAGAGGGAAAGCUGCACAUGAUGAAGGAAAAAUGGUGGCGAGGUAACGGAUGCCCUGAAGAGGACAAUAAAGAGGCCAAUGCCCUGGGCGUGGAGAACAUUGGAGGUAUCUUCAUAGUGUUGGCCGCUGGUCUUGUCCUGUCUGUCUUCGUGGCCAUUGGAGAGUUCAUCUACAAGUCGCGCCAAAACAGUGAUAUUGAAGAGUGUGUCUCUUUCAGUGCUGUGAUGGAAGACCUGGGUGUAUCCCUCAGGUGCCACAGGGCAUUGAGGAAGAGAAGCAGACACAGAGGAAGAGCAGGCCUGUCUGGAGUCUUAUGUAACCCCAAAUGCAUCCAGAGGAAAGAGACAAUGGCUUAGAUUGACAUCGAACAGCCACGCGGCAAGAAAAUUGGAACUGAAAGAGGUAUUAGGGAGUCCAGCAGGGGGUGCUCACCCUGCGGUCUGUGUGGGUCCUAAUGCCGCAGUAUAGUGAAGGGGACACUAUACUGUAAAAAGGCACCAUCCUUCGGAUGAGACGUUAAAUCGAGGUUCUGACUCUCUGUGGUCAUUAAAAAUCCCGAAAACUUUGCGAGAAGAGUAGGGGUAUAACCCCGGUGUCCUGGCCAAAUUCUCCCAUUGGCCCUUAUUAAUCAUGGGUUCCUAAUAAUCCCCAUCCAUUAAUUGGCUCUAUCACUCUACUCUCUUUUCCACCAACAGAUGGUGUGUGGUGAGCGUACUGGCGCACUAUGGCUGCCGUCGCAUCAUCCAGGUGGAUGCUGCACACUGGUGGUGGUUGAGGAGAGUCCCCUGUUCACUGUGUAAAGCACUUUGAGUGUAGUGUCAGAAAAGUGUGAUAUAAAUGUAACAUUCAUUCAUUCAUUCAUUCAAAGCUCAAAGCUGUACUUUGACGGACAUGUCAGUAAAUUUAUUUUCAUUCAGUUUUGUUUUAUGUGCUCUUUAUUUAUGACUUUCCAUUUUUUACAUGGAUAUUGUGUGGAUUGCUUUUGUGUCAAAAGUGCACAUAUCUCGGUAAUAUCUUGUGUCGUUGAAAGGUUGAACCAAAAAAUGAAAGGAAUAAUAUAUUUUGAGAAAUAUUUAUUACUGUAAGAGCACAUUCCAUUAUUUAUGGUAGCAUUUUUGUGCUGUCCUUGAUUUAAAAAAAUAAAAUAGCUUUACAUAUUUUCUCAAA